AGGGAAACUCCAUGGUAUCUCGGCAAGAGGAAGUUGUGGAAGGGGCGGGCAAGAUGGCGGCGCGAGCGGCUUUGACCCUUCUAAGCCGGCUUUGGCAGGGGCCAGAAAAAAUUCUUGUAGCACGCAAAGUUCCAUUAAAGCAGCAUAACUUUCUUAAAAAUAAUCACUUGAUAUGGAUUCAAUCUUCAAGGGCCAACAAUAAUAUUCAACAGCCCGCAAAGAAUCCGCUGGUAUCUGUUUCUGAUGAGCCAGAUAUAUUAUAUAAAAGACUGGCUAUUUUAGUUAAGGGGCAUGAUAGAGCUGUGUUGGACAGUUAUGAGUAUUUCAUGGUGCUAGCUGCAAAAGAACUUGGUCUCUCCAUUGAAAAAAUAGAAAAGCCUCCUAAAAAGGUAGAAAGAUUAACGCUUCUGAAAUCAGUACACAUUUAUAAGAAGCACAGAGUUCAAUAUGAAAUGAGAACACAUUAUCAGUAUAUAGAGUUAAAGAAUUUAACUGGUAGCACAGCCAAUGUUUACUUGGAAUACAUUCAGCGAAAUCUACCAGAAGGGGUUGCCAUGGAAGUCAAAAAGACCAAAUUAGAGAAACUUCCUGAUCAUAUUCAGAAACCUGUUUGGGAUGACCUGCCUGAAGUAGAAGAAACUACAAUUACAUCAUAAAAACCUGACUCUUUUUUUAAAAAAAUCUCUAUGGGUUAAUUAGGAAAUCAACAUGAAAUACCAUAGUUCUUUUAUAAAAUUACACCGAUUUUGAAAGAGCCCUGUAUCAGGGUACUUACAGGGAAUCUUAUUACUUGACCAAAACAAGUAUUUGAACUUUACAACGAAAGCUUAAAGGUUCAGAAGCAAUUAAAGAAAAAAAGUGGACAUUUCAUCUGUACCAUAAUAUGGCUGAAGAUGUUGAAAAUGAUAGUGUCUCUGUAUAUUAAUAAAACAAAUGUUAUACCAAAUUA